UGAAGUAGUCUCGGUGGCCUCUGUGGGGCCUGAGACACAUACUCAGGCAAUUUAAAGGCACAAAGAUAAUCAACAAUGUCUGCCACUGAGGAAGACCUGUGUCACCGCAUGAAAGUAGUAGUUCGUGUUCGUCCUGAAAACACUAAAGAAAAGACAGCUGGAUUCCAUAAAGUGGUUCAUGUUGUGGAUAAGCAUAUCCUAGUUUUUGAUCCCAAACAAGAAGUUGGCUUUUUACAUGGAAAGAAUGUGCUAAAUCGAGAUAUUACAAAGAGACAAAAUAAGGAUCUUAAAUUUGUAUUUGAUGCUAUAUUUGAUGAAACUUCAACUCAGUUGGAAGUUUUUGAACAUACUACUAAACCAAUUAUACGUAGUUUUUUGAAUGGAUAUAAUUGCACAGUGCUUGCUUAUGGUGCUACUGGAGCUGGGAAGACCCACACAAUGCUUGGAUCAGCUGCUGAACCUGGAGUGAUGUAUCUAACAAUGUUAGACCUUUACAAGUCCAUGGAUGAGAUUAAGGAAGAUAAAGUAUGUAGUACUACAGUUUCUUAUUUGGAGGUGUACAAUGAACAGAUUCGUGACCUCUUAGUAAACUCAGGGCCACUUGCUGUGCGCGAAGAUGCCCAAAAAGGGGUAGUUGUUCAAGGGUUGACUUUACACCAGCCAAAAUCCUCAGAAGAAAUUUUGCAGCUAUUGGAUAAUGGAAACAAAAACAGGACACAGCAUCCCACUGAUAUAAAUGCAACAUCUUCUCGUUCCCAUGCUGUUUUCCAGAUUUAUUUGCGACAGCAAGACAAAACAGCAAGCAUCAAUCAAAGUGUUCGUAUUGCCAAGAUGUCACUCAUUGACUUAGCAGGGUCCGAGCGUGCUAAUGCGACAAGUGCUCAAGGUAUCCACUUUAGAGAAGGCACAAAUAUUAAUCAAUCACUUUUAGCUCUUGGGAAUGUCAUCAAUGCUUUGGCAGAUACAAAGAGGAAGAAUCAACAUAUUCCUUAUAGAAAUAGUAAGCUCACUCGUUUGUUAAAGGAUUCUCUUGGAGGAAACUGUCAAACUAUAAUGAUAGCUGCUGUGAGUCCUUCCUCUGUGUUCUACGAUGAUACCUAUAACACUCUUAAAUAUGCUAACCGUGCCAAGGACAUUAAAUCUUCUUUGAAGAGCAAUGUUCUUAAUCUGAACAGUCAUAUAACUCAAUAUGUAAAGAUCUGUAAUGAGCAGAAGAAAGAGAUUUCAUUGUUAAAAGAAAAGCUAAAAGCUUAUGAAGAACAGAAAGCUGUCGCUGAUGAAAAUCACAAAACAAAAUUAGCGAUUUCAAACCCUCAGGAAAAAGAAAUCAAAAGAUUUCAAGAAAUUCUGACCUGCUUGUUCCAGAAUCGAGGAGAAAUCAGACAAGACUAUUUGAAGUUGGAAAUGUUACUAAAGGAAAAUGAACUUAAGAUGUAUCACGAACAACAAUGCUUUAAACAAAUUGAAAUGGUGUGCUCUGAAGACAAAGUAGAAAAGGCCACUUUCAAACGAGAUCAUAGAGUUACAAUGUUGAAAACUCAUCGUUCCUACUUGGAAAAGAAAAGAGAAGAAGAAUUACAGCAGUUUAAUGCAAAUACAAAUUGGCUCCUACGUGUCGAAAAUGAAAUAAGCCUCCUAGGUCAGAAUGGUCAUAUUUCAAAGGAACUCAAUAAGGAUCUUCGGUAUCACCAUUUACAGAUCCAAACCAAAGACUUGAAAGCACAAAUUAAACAUAUGAUGGAUCUUGCUAGUCUUCAAGAACAGCAGUAUAGGCAGACGGAGAUAGUAUUAAAUGCAUUGCUUCCAGCCUUCAGAAAACAGUACUAUACACUCAAAGAAGCUGGCCUAUCAGAUUCUGCUUUUGAUUCUGAAUUCAAAGCAAUUCAACAUUUAGUGGAGAGGAAAAAAAUGGUGGCUUGGGCGGACCAAACAACUGAACAUCCAAAGCAAAAGGACCUACCAGAAGUUUCUGCUGUUCUGACCUUUCCACAGCUUAGACCAAUUCAAGCUACUUGUUGCACUUCUUCAAGUGAAUCUAAGCCACUUAAAAUUCCUCCACAAAAACGAACUCGGAGAAAACUGAUGUCUUCUCCUUUGGAAGCAAAAAUUAUCCCAAAAUCUGUACUGUCUAAAAAUACUCAAUUCAAUGAUUCUUUCAACAAAGAACUUCAGCCUAUUGUAUAUACUCCAGAGGACUGUAGAAAAGCUUUACAAACUCCAUCUACAGGGACCUUAAUAAAACCAUCUUCACAUAGUCUGAGUUCUCAAGCAAUAAACUCAAAUAUAAACAGUAAUAAUUCUAUGAAAAUGUUGUGCGAAGUAGAUACUCCUGUUGAUAGGCUUCCAGAAUGUGAGCAUAAGGAUUUGGACUGCACGUUUACUAUAUGUGAGGACAUCAAAAGCGUCAAGAAUGAAUUGCCUGAAAAAGGGUCACUACCAAACUAUAACAACGGCAUUUUACAAAGGCUUGACCCUUCCUCACUCUCAACAAAACCGAGCACAGUGCCAUCCUACAUGACAAUGACUGCUGCUGCCAAAAGGAAACGGAAACUGACAAGCUCUGAGUCAAAUACUUCUUUAACCGCUUCAGUAAAUUCGGGACUUGCCAAGCGUGUCCGACAAGACAGUUCAAGUGAUAAGCACUUACAAGAGAAUAAAGCAACAAUGGAAUAUACAAAAAGAACCCAUAAAAUAAAUUCAAGCUUGGUUAGAAGAUUUGGAAGAAGCAUUUCAAAAGGAAAUCUAAGAUAAAUCACGUCAAAAUCAAGAAAAUGAAAUUAAUAGAAUGAUUUUUAAAGUGUUUAUUGUCAGUUUUCAGAGAUGUAAAAUCUUGGAAAGAAGACCAUCUGAAAACCUGUCAGUCACCAGAAAAUGAAUCUCUUCUGUGUUCUAAGCAAACAACAUUUUUAUAGAUGGGUAUAUUUUGACUUUCUAAAAUGUUUGCUAUUCUUUAAAUCUAAGUGAGCAAUCUUUAAGGACAUUUUAGAAAAUGAUAUUUAAAUUACCAAUUUUUGUAAGGAAAAUUUAGAAAUGAUGUCAUUAUGGCCCAAAGUGUAUUUUAUUAUGUUUGUGUACAUUAUUUUAAUCCUAAAUAUGAUUUUCCUUUCCAAAAGUACUUUUAUGUACAAAUGUAUUUGCCA